AAAUGAAGUUAAUGUGUACUAAACAGUAUUUUAUAUUAUCCAAACUGAAUUCUCUGGAGUUUGACUCGGCUCACAAUUUUCAAAACAUUAAGAACGCCGAUGCCCUUUCGUGGGCAGCAGCUUCAAACCCCCGACUGCGUUUGCGCAUUUCCUAGCAAUCCACACAAACCGACCGGUAAUCCAGAACGCUUUCUUCAAACCCGCCCUCAGCACUUCCUCGUUCCAGGAUCUCAACACAUGACUGGUAGAGAUCCUCCCCAUGCAAUGUUGCUUUGAUGACGCGCCUGGGCUAUUGGACGUCUGACUCGUUAAGCGUGAAAGGCUACAGAGCGGAGCUCCGUUAAUUUCAAGCGAGCCGGCUCUUGGCGCAGCGAGAAGUCAGCGUGAGUCAUACGUGGGGACGACACUUCAGUGCUGCAGAUCUUCAAUUUCCACGUGCCAAUUGCCGCAUCAUCCCAGCGACGUCGCAGAGGGCGGGCGGUUACCCGGAACGGCCCUGUCCUGCCUUCCCCUUUCUUAGCGAAUGACUGAAUGGAAAGCAUCUGUUUAGCUCCAUUAGAAAAGAGGGAGGAGUGGGGCUCUGCCAGCCCACUUCUUUGGCUUAGCCUAUCUUAGUCUUGGUCCGAAGCAGGGUGGGGUGGGGUACGCUUCCAGAUGACCUCUUUUAAUCAAGUGCCACUACAGUUGCAAAGAUGGCUGUGCUAAAUUCGUUUCCGACUGAACUGGAGCGACUGCUGGAGAAAGAUCCCUACUUGAUUCCUUUUGAGCAAGACUUCCAGCGCAGGUAUGGUAUAUUUCAUCGCAUAUUAAAGAAGAUUGAAGAAAAUGAAGAAGGUCUCAAUGAAUUCACAAAGAGUUACCAAACAUUUGGAAUCAACAGAUUCAAAGAUGGAAGAUUAUACUGUAAAGAAUGGGUUCCUGGUGCAGAAGCAGUUUUUCUUACUGGUGAUUUUAAUAACUGGAAUCCAUUUUCCCAUCCAUAUAAGAAAAUGGAUUUUGGCAAAUGGGAAUUGCUCAUCCCACCUGGACCAGAUGGGUUUCGCCCUGUAUCUCAUGGAUCCAAACUGAAGUUGGUGAUAAGAACCAAAACUGGAGAGAUCCUUUAUCGUAUUUCUCCUUGGGCUAGAUACGUAGUUCGUGAGGGUACCAAAGUGAAUUAUGAUUGGAUACACUGGGAGCCAUCAACUCCAUAUAAAUGGAAACAUCCCAUUCCUAAGAAACCCAAAAGUGUAAGAAUCUAUGAAUCACAUGUGGGAAUUGCUUCCCCUGAAGGGAAAAUAGCUUCAUAUAAAAACUUUACAUAUAAUGUGCUUCCAAAAAUCAAAGAUCUUGGAUAUAACUGUAUUCAAUUAAUGGCUGUGAUGGAACAUGCUUACUAUGCAAGUUUUGGCUAUCAGAUCACAAGUUUUUUUGCAGCAUCAAGUCGAUAUGGCACUCCAGAUGACUUGAAGGAAAUGAUUGAUGUUGCCCACUCAAUGGGAAUCACAGUUCUGUUAGAUGUUGUGCACAGUCAUGCUUCAAAGAACUCUGAAGAUGGCCUGAACAAUUUUGAUGGUACUGAUUCUGCAUUUUUCCAUUCUGGUGCUAGAGGAACACACAUUCUUUGGGAUAGUCGACUUUUUGACUACGCAAACUGGGAAGUUCUGAGAUUUCUUCUCUCCAAUUUAAGAUGGUGGAUAGAAGAGUAUGCCUUUGAUGGGUUUCGAUUUGAUGGUGUAUCAUCUAUGCUAUAUCACCAUCAUGGAAUUAGUGAAGGCUUUAGUGGAGAUUACAAUGAAUAUUUUGGUAUGCAUGUUGAUGAAGAUGCAGUGGCCUACCUAAUGAUGGCAAACUACAUGAUACAUAUUUUGCAUCCAGAAUGUGUAACUAUAGCAGAGGAUGUGUCUGGAAUGCCAGCACUUUGUUGUCCAGUAAUUGAAGGAGGAUGUGGAUUUGAUUACCGGAUGGCCAUGGCAAUUCCUGACAAAUGGAUUCAGAUCAUUAAGGAGCGUAAGGAUGAGGACUGGGACAUGGGAGACAUUGUGUUUACUUUAACAAACAGGCGAUAUGGAGAGAAGUGCAUUGCCUAUGCAGAGAGUCAUGAUCAGGCUCUUGUUGGUGAUAAGACUUUGGCUUUUUGGCUGAUGGAUGCAGAGAUGUAUAACUAUAUGAGUGUUCUGUCACCUUUCACACCAGUUAUUGAUCGAGGAAUACAGCUUCAUAAAAUGAUACGACUCAUUACUCAUUCUCUUGGAGGAGAGGGCUACCUCAAUUUCAUGGGUAAUGAAUUUGGACAUCCAGAGUGGUUAGACUUUCCUAGACAAGGCAAUAAUGAAAGCUACCACUAUGCAAGGAGACAGUUUAAUUUAGCUGAUGAUCAACUUCUUCGCUAUAGAUUCCUAAAUGUGUUUGACAGAGAUAUGAAUAAAUUGGAAGAAAAAAUUGGCUGGCUUGCAUCACUUCCGGCCUAUGUGAGUGAAAAGCAUCAAUCAAACAAAGUUAUUGCUUACGAAAGGGCAAAUCUCCUAUUUGUAUUUAAUUUUCAUCCAUCUCAAAGUUACACCGAUUACCGAGUAGGUGUAGAAAAACCAGGAAAAUAUAAAAUUGCCUUGGAUUCUGAUGCUCCGGAGUAUGGAGGACAUAAUAGACUGGAUCAUACUACAGAUUUUUUUUCUCAGCAGUAUUCACAUAAUCAUAGAUCCAAUUCUCUUUUGCAACUCAAUGCAUUGAAUGAAAGUGAUGGCCAAAGCCGAGGACACCAGCAUACACACUACUUAAAGGUAUACAUUCCAAGCAGAGUGGCAGUAGUGUUUCAAAACAUGGAUAUUCAGAUGUAAAAGCUUGCAACUUGGUUCCAUUACUUCGAAGGCCAAGUCAUAUUUGAUGAUAAUGGUAUCCAAAAUACUGGGUUUUUUUCUGCAUAAAGGUGUGUUCAUACUAAGAAAUUCAAAUGAGCAUUUAUUCAUAAUUACAAAUAUAUUAUAAAAUGUUUAUUCAAAGACAUAAUCAUGGAAGAACAAAUGCAUUAUGAACAAUUGGUAUUAUAGAACUGGAUUUCAAUAACAGUUUGUUCUCACAUAAAGAUUGAAGUAAUGUUACAAGACAUGUUCAAAAAUUGAUUGCUGUAUUUUCAGAUUUUUUCUAACCACAUAUUUUUCUCAUUAGCUCCCAUUUUUAUUAGAAUUAAGUAGCCAUGUGAUGCACUAACACUGGAUUCCAGACUUAGGUUAUACUGUUUUUUCAUAUGAUAUAUUAUUACAAGGAAACAUAGGGUUGUUUGUUAAAAACUAAUAAACCAUUUUCAUGGAAGGACCCCACAAUAAAGGAACAUCAUUGAUAGUAUGAGCUCAUAGAUUUAGGCCUGUCAAAAUAUAAAAUUAUGCAGUGUCUUUUAAUAUGUGCCUAUUUAAAAAAAUUGUUACAAAAUAAAGAUAUUAAUUUAUGAAUUCUGUGUAGAGUGUUAGCACUCAUUCAUUAUUUAUUGGCCAAGUGUGAUUGGACAUACAAGGAAUUUGUUUCUGGUGCAUAAGUUCUCAUUGUACAUACAAGCAACAAGUGAUAAAUCAUGAUCGUAAUAAUAAAAUACAAUCAUUAUAAAUAUAAGAUACAAACUCAAUGAUAGGCAAAGUAUACUAAAUAAGCAAACAACAUAAAUCAUAAUAGGAUGCUAAAUAAAGGCAAUCAACAUAAAUCAUGAGACACAAACAACAAAAUUAUAGUCAUAAGAAGCUAAGGAAAUAGGUAAUAGGAAAGAUGAAAAGUUUAGAAGGAUAAUAGGAAAUGCAACCCUACUUGAUGAUUUGACAUCCUAGGCCAGUGGUGGGUUGCAGGCAGUACGCCCCGGUACGGGCAUACCAGAGCCUGCCCGGAGCACCGGGUACCAUUCCUGUACGGUGCUCCGGAGGGCCCACCCGGCCGCCCGAGCUCCUUACCUGUCCUUUAAGACUUUGGCACUUCUGCACACACGUGUACGGUACCUGUGCAAUGCUCUGAGCAGAUGGAGCAUCGCAGAGGCGUCACAGGCAGGUAUGACACAUACACCACACACAUCCAUGUGGGUACUGGUUGGAACGGGAUCCGGAACCCACCACUGUCCUAGGCAUAAACAGUGUUGUGGGAAUUAGUAGAUUGAUAGCAGGGGGGGACGACAAUGUUUGUGUCUGGUUGAUUUGGCCCUAUCGUGUGAUCAUGAGCGAAGAAGUUGAAACAGUUUAUGUCUAGGAUGUGAAGGGGUCUGUAGAUGUUUUCACAGCCCACCUUCUGGCUUAUGCAGUAUACAGGUCCUCAGUGGAAGGCAGGCUGAUUGCAAUUAUUUUUUCUGCAGUCCUAACUAUCUGUUGAAGUCUGUGUCUGUCUAGUUUGGUUGCUGUGCGAAAUAAGACACUUAUACAAAAGUAAACAUUUAACUUUUAUCUCAGUAAACAUUUAAACUUUCCUAAAAAUUUUACCACGUAGACAUUUUAAAAAGUCCUAGCAGUUUCAAAUGUAUUUUCAAUGAAAUUAUUUCAUGUUAAUUUGUGUUAAAGCCUGGCACUGUCAUUGAGCUAUCUGCAUCAUCAGUUUUGUUAUGUUGCUGACUAGUUAUGACUUAACAUCUUUUGAAACCAAACAAUGUCCGUUAUCAGUGAACAAUGGUAGAUAAUUCUUUUUAUCAAAUUAAAAUUCAUUUAAUGGGUUACUUUUAAAAAUAAUAAUACCAGUAGCAGGUAUAAAGGGAUUGAAUUCUGAAUUUCCAGAAGUGUAAAAAUACCUUGUGUUAAAAGUUACAUAAGUUUUGUUUUACAGUCAUUUUUGAUACGUAAUUAUCAAAAAUAUUCAAGACAGAAUUUGUGAGUUAUUAUUUUGCUGGUUCUGUCAAGACCAGAACUAACUUUUCCUUAUGAUAGCUUCUCUAGAUCAAGCUUCUUAGUAUCAUGUCUAGUUGGCAUUCUCCACUUCAAAACUAUCUGGAAACAUUUAAAUGCAUAUCCAAACCAUUUGUUUUAGAAAAAAUGAACAAUAAAAAUUGCAGAUUGAUUCCCACCAACCCUAAACUCUAGGUAU